AUGGAGUUUUAUAAAGCCAAUAUUAAGUGGAUCUGCAAAGACCUUCUUAACAUCUAUAACGAAGCUAUUGAUGUCGGUACUUUGGGUAGGGAGAUUAAUUCUGGGAUCAUCAAGCUCAUCCCUAAAGAAGGUGAUAAAGCUCUUUUAAAAAAUUGGAGACCUAUAACUCUUUUAAAUGUUUCUUACAAGAUUCUUGCCAAAAUCAUGUCUCGAAGGUUGGAAAUUGUUCUUCCUAAAUUUGUUUGCCCUACCCAAACUGGUUUUGUUAAAGGAAGAUAUAUUCUUGAGAACUUGAUUACUAGUUGGGAAGCCCUCAAUUGGGCUAAGCAUACUAAUCAGAAUGUUGCUAUGUUUUUACUGGACUUUGAAAAAGCUUAUGAUAGAAUUGAAUGGGGCUUUAUUAGUAUGAUGCUUGAUGCUUUUGGCUUCCCUUCCUUCUUUUGUGACAUUGUUAAAAUGCUUCUUAGAGAUGCUCAUGCCCAAAUUGAUAUUAAUGGUUCUUUAUCAGCCCCUUUUCCAUUAGGUAGAUCUAUUAGACAAGGCUGCCCGCUUGCCCCUGCCCUUUUUGUAAUUGCUUUUGAAGCUCUGUUCUAUAUUCUUAGGGAUAACACCUUAUCCCCUGCUGUCAAAGGCAUCACUCUUCCUGAUAACAAGGAGCUUAUUAAUUGCCAGUUUGUUGAUGAUACUACUCUCUUUCAUGAGGUUUUUGAAGAUAACUUUGUUGCUAUGACUCAUAAACUCAAUUUUUUUUGUAAGAUUUCUGGAGCUAAGUUAUCCCGGUCCAAGUCUAUUUGUCUUGGAUGGAAUAACCAUCCUCCUGAUUGGUUUAGUAAGUUUGAAUUUCAGUGGGGUGGUCCCUCAAAUAUUGUUAGAUACUUGGGUAUUCCCUUUUCUGUCGAUCCUUCUUUGAAAGAUAUGUGGAGUUGGGUUAAAGAUAAGAUUCAUAAUAAGUUGAAUAAGUGGCAUAAUAGGUCUCUGUCUUUUGUGGGUAGAGUGCAAAAAGCCUGGAACCAUGUUAGGCAAUUCAUUAAGAAUAAGGAUUUUUUUGAUGAUAAGACCCUCCAUGGUGAGAGGUCCAUUUGGUGGAACCUUAAGCUUGGCAAUAAGCCCCUUGCCCUUACCCAAGGCUGUUCUGCCAAAUGCUGGGCUAACCUUGGGAUCAAGCAGCUUAUUGAUAUUUUUGAAAAUGACAGGCUUAUUCAUUGGGAUGAGCUUAAAAGUAAAUUUAAUCUCUCAGAUUCUCAUAAGAGAACAUAUAAUAUGAUUGUCAGGGCCAGCAGGAGUAUUCCUAAUGUUUGCCAUGUUGAUUCUAAUAGUUAUCAGAAAAUCAAAUGGCCUGGUGGUAUUAUCAUUUCCGGGCUUAAAUCUAAAAACAUUUACUCCAUCAUUAACGACAAUAAUGACAUUAUCAAGCACAUUAAUGAUACUUGGUAUGUUAAUUUGGAUGUUCAUUCUUGGAAUAAGAUUUUUGACAAUCUCUGGAAAAGUUCUAUAGAUCCUAAAAUCAAAUUCUUUAAAUGGUUACUUAUUCUUAAUAAACUUCCUAUUAGGAAUUACUUCUCUGAGACUAACAUGUGCAGCAUUUGCAGAACCCCGGAAAUGGGAAGACAUGUAUUCUUUGAGUGCUCUUUUGCUAAAGAGGUUUGGUUGAUGUUUGGUAUUUCUAUCCCUGCUUCCUUCAAUAUUCUUGAAGUUAUUACUGGCUUUAUUUUUAAUAUUAAAAAAGAUGUUAAUAUGUUCUGGGAUAUUCUCUCAGCUAACAUUUUGUGGCAAAUUUGGAAGUGCAGAAAUGAAGAAAGAUUUCAAAAUGUCCCCAGAUUGCUUACUGAGUCUUUUCGAAGUCUCACUUAUUUCAAAAAAAUUUCGCAGAUUCAAAUUACUAUGAUGGUUAACAAAGCUAAGUUCAAAAGGUUGCUUAGGGAUGGACAUGCUACAUUCUUUACUAACGAAGUUAAGAAUGGAUACUUUUGGAGGUUGUACCUGGACAAUAUCCGUAAUUUCAACCUUACUUUUGAUCGCAUCUGCAAGGAAAUUAAAAGAAACCCUCAGUGUACUACUGGAGAGAUGUUAUACAUGCGGAAGCAAAUCCAAGAUCAAAAGAACUUGGUUUGGAUGGAAGGUGCUUUGGGGUGGACUGCGUGGGUUGACUCUUUUGAAGAUGUGCUGCAUUAG